AUGAAUGCUGCCGCUGAACAAUCGAAUGAACAGCCCUCGGAGGAGAGAAAAGAUUCAAAAGUUGAUGAAAAUGAUAUUAAGACAGAAGAAUCCACACGUCUAGGGGCACAAGUAUAUCCGGACGGAUCCGUGAUCAUUCCUCGAAAAAUCGGGACCUAUCAUACCCGUUCCGUCAUUCUUGUUCAUGACGUCUUUGAUACUGCCGUUGGCUGGGCAAAAGAAUUCAUGGAAGCAAGACUGAAUGGUGAAACCAUCAUGUCCAUAUUUCCUGGAACAAAUUGGUGCUUUCCCGAAGUUGAUUAUCCCUGGUUAGUGCAGGAUAUAGAGAGCGACACGAGCGAUCCGACUGAUGAGAUGGUCGAUUUAUGGACUGCAUAUUCAGAAACCGUUCAAUCGGAAGAGCGAUUAGACAUACUCGAAGCGCUUGGUCAGAUGAUGGAACCCAUCCAACAACUUGUCGACAGAGAAUCGAAUCUUGUAGGUAUACAGAAUGUCUUCAUAGGUGGUCUAUCAGAUGGCGCUACUGCAGCACUGCAUUUGUUUCUAGCUAGUCAAGGGAACCACGGUGGGGGAAUGGGAGGGUUCAUAGGAAUGAAUGGUGUACUUCCAUUUCACGCGCAGGUCAAGUUGCGGAUGGAUACGACACCAAACCUUGAGGAUUUGUCCCUGGAAGAAUAUACAGACAAACAGAUGCAGAUCUUUAACGAUGUGGUGAGUUUCAUGCGAAACACUUUGGAUCUGCCACCCGGAAGGAGGUUUGAUAGGACAUUUGCACAUCUGGGAAACCCAAUAUUCCUUGGUAGUAUCAUGACAGACCCAGCCGAUCUAGAGCUCAGGCAAAUAAGGGAGGAUAUGAUAGAGACCCUUCGCCGCUUCAGGUGUUUUCACCCCAUUUAUUUCACAAACGAUUGCAAGGAACCAGAUCUCGAUGGGCAAGUUGAGGGCUUGGUUGAAUACCUCCGAACGACUGGCUCCAUCAGAGUUCCUGGAUGA